AUGACGAAACAGGAGGAAAUAAAAGCAAAAUUAAAGGAUCCUUCUCUUUUCUCAGUCCUAGGGUUUCUACAUGACAGCUAUAUUGUGCGAGUCAAAGCUGUGGUUAUGACCCGAGAUGACUCCAGUGGAGGAUGGCUGCCCCAAGAAGGAGGUGGCCUUAGUAGGGUUGGUGUCUGCAAGAUCCAGUGCACAGAGGCUAAUGGAAGAAAUGGAUUUCUCAUCCAUGGAGAAAGGCAAAAAGACAAACUGGUGGUGCUGGAAUGCUAUGUGAAAAAAGACUUGAUCUACACUAAGGCAAAUCCUACAUUUCACCACUGGAAAGUUGACAACCGAAAAUUUGGACUCACUUUUCUAAGCCCUGCUGAUGCACGAGCAUUUGACAGAGGGGUGAGAAAAGCCAUUGAAGAUCUCACAGAAGGUUCUACGACAUCAUCUUCCACGAUCCAUAACGAAACUGAAGUUGGAGAUGACGAUGUCUUCACUAAUGCCACCGACAGUUCUUCUAAUUCUUCUCAGAAAAGAGAGCAGCCUUUACGAACACUAGCAUCUUCUCCAUCCUUUGAGCAUCAACGAAUUUGCACCCGUGGCCACUUUCAUGACCAGUUUAGCCCUGAGCAUUACCAUCUAGAACAAUCAAUCUUGCGAUCGUGCCGGCAUGUCAGCUUCCCCGAUGAUGAUGAGGAGAUUGUACGGAUUAAUCCAAGGGAAAAGAACUGGGUGACAGGUUACGAGGACUACCGUCAUACCCCUGUGCGGGGGAAGUACAUUGAUCCCGAUGAUGGGGACUCCUAUGUGCGGUUUGCCAAAACGGAGGCCUCAAAACAUGACUACAAUUACCCUUAUGUUAGUAACGCUGAUUUUGAUCGAGGGGAUGAUGUUAAGGGUGCCGUGAUAAAAACUCAGCCACCCAGUUGUAAACAGCGGCGGCGAAAAGAAGAUGGGGAAAGGUCACGAUGUGUCUAUUGUAGAGACAUCUUCAACCACGAGGAAAACAGGCGGGGUCAGUGCCAGGAUGCUCCAGACCGAGUCCAAAGCUGUAUCCGUCGAGUCAGCUGCAUGUGGUGUGCAGACAGUAUGCUCUAUCACUGCAUGUCUGAUCCAGAAGGAGACUAUACAGACCCUUGCUCCUGUGAUACCAGCGAUGAGAAGUUUUGCCUCCGGUGGUUGGCCCUAAUUGCCUUGUCCUUUCUGGCCCCUUGUAUGUGCUGUUACCUGCCCCUCCGGGCUUGCUACCACUGUGGGGUGAUGUGCAGGUGCUGUGGUGGGAAACACAAAGCAGCUGGAUGA